UAUAUGGAACGUUGUCACGUUUCUCUCCAUUGUUCGUUCCUUUUCCGAAAACUGCUAUACGGUUGUUCAAUUUCCUCAGUGAAAUAAAAAAUGGCUAAGUCAAAGAAUCACACUAAUCAUAAUCAAAAUAGAAAAGCACAUCGCAAUGGUAUUAAAAAACCUAAGCGUUAUAGGCAUGAAUCUACGCUAGGAAUGGACUUAAAGUUCUUGAGGAAUCAACGAUUCGCAAAGAAACACAAUCUUAAGCCGCAGGCUCAAUUGAAGAGGGCAGAAAAGCGAAAAGCUCUUCGUGAAGCUAAGAAAUAAGUUGUAUUAUGUUUUUACCAAAAUAAAAAUCUAAUAUUACUUUAUA